CUUUUGUUUCAUCUUGGCAUUCUCCCAAAAUGACAACUGGCAAUCCAUUAUUCGCUGCUUGGUCAGCAUUUCAAUCCAAAUUUACUGUAACUGAGAAUGGUGACUUAACCAACAUUUCCUCUGAUGAUGCUUUGGUUGACUUUUUCUUCAAAAUCAUCGAUCGUUCAACUGAACGUGCUGUUCGUCAGCAUUUGACUGCUGCUUGGCAAGCAAAUCCAAGCGAUGCAUUAAAAUUGGUUUUCUACUUACUUGACGUUCGAGAUGGUAAAGGAUGCACAAAACCUGCACUCUUUGCUUUCUUGUGGCUCUAUGAACACCAUCCAAAGACGCUUGUGGCAAAUAUUGAACAUUUGGCCAAAUUUGGUUGCGUUCGUGAUUUGCCAACACUUUUGAUGAUGAUUCGUUGCAAGCAUGCGUAUGGUAUCAACUACCAGGAUUGGCAAUCAAACAAGGUUGAAGCUUCGCAACGCAAGUUCGAUCAUGACGCUUUCUACAAAAAAGUUCGCACCGCCACCCUACCCGGUCCGGCCAAAGAAUUACAUCAAGCUGUCGUCAAAUUGUUUGUAGAUUCUUUGGUACAAGACAAACGCCAAUCGAACAAGUUCAAGCCCAUCUCUUUGUUCAGUAAGUGGUUGCCAUCUCAAGACUCAUACCUCAAUCGUACAACUUCUCUGUUCGAUGACGUGGCUACGCAAAUUUACCACAUGGAUCAUGAUACUGUUCAACGAAGACCACUUUUGCAUGCACGCAAUUACCUUCGCAAAGCAUACAUCAGCCCCCUUCGUAAAUAUGCCAAGAUCGUAGAGCGUUUGAUGAGCGAGAAGAAAUGGCAAGAGAUCACUUACCCCAAAGUACCAUCCGUUUGUAUGACACGCAAUGCUACAAACUUCAAGAAGCACGAUGAAGGCCGAUACUUGGCUUACUUGAAAGGUGCAGCAGCAGGUGAAACGAAGAUCAAUGUGAGCGCAUUGAAGCCACAUGAGAUCUGCUUCCCAUCACACAAGCAAGCAAAAGCUUUGCCACCAGACUUGGCCAAUGCUCAAUGGGAGGCCUACGUUGCCAAAAUGCAAAAGAGUGGCGUUCUGAACAACGCAGUAGCCAUCUCUGACGUGAGCGGUUCAAUGCGUGGUGAACCCAUGAACGUUAGUAUUUCAUUGGGUCUCCUUGUUGCUUCACUCGCUCAGCCGCCUUGGAAAGAUCACCUGAUCACCUUCAGUGCAGAUCCGCAAUAUCACUUGAUCCAAGGUUCAAACUUGGCCCAGAAAUUGCGAAAUAUCGCAAGAAUGAAUUGGGGCUACAAUACCAACUUUGACGGUGUGUUCAACUUGAUCUUGACAACUGCGACUCACUAUUCACUCAAAGAGGAAGAUAUGCCAAAAACUUUGUUCGUCUUUAGCGAUAUGCAAUUCGAUGAAGCAAAUGGUGGAUACAUGCCAACGACUGCAUUUGAACGCAUCAAGAAAAAGUAUGCCGAUGCCGGCUAUGAGAUGCCACAGAUUGUGUUUUGGAAUCUACGUGAUUCUUCUGGCGUUCCUGUCACCAUUACCGAUGAAGGCACGGCAUUGAUCGGUGGCUUCAGCGGUAAUCUUUUGAAAAUCUUUUUGGAAGGUGCAGAUUUCGAAAAGGAUUGGGAGAUGGUCAAACAUACACCCAAGAUGACGCCCGUUGAUACGAUGCGCAAAGCAAUUGACCAUGAACGUUUCAACGUUUUGCGUGUGGUCGACUGAAGGAAGCAAGAAGGGGAGAGAUGUGGUUUACUGUAUAUUAUCUGCUUCACGGCAAGACUGUAGCAAUAGCCGUCAUGAACAGCACACAGCAAGAAUGACCGUGAGUCUUUUCAAUAUUGUAUCAUAAAACUGUAUUCAUAAAGAGUUCUGUAAAGCAAUACCCUGUAAAGUAUCAAUUCAAAUGUACAUCCAGACGAGCCA